AUGACGUCGCUAUCCAUGAGCGCGGCCGGGAGGGCGGCGGGGUGGACGCCGAAACAGAACAAGCUGUUCGAGCAAGCGCUGGCAGUGCACGACAGGGACACGCCCGACCGCUGGCACAACGUUGCCCGCGCCGUUGGCGGCGGCAAGUCGGCUGAUGACGUGAGGCGCUACUACGAGCUGCUCGUCCACGAUGUCGCCAACAUCGAGGCCGGCAAGGUGCCCUUCCCCGCCUACCGUCCCCCCUGCCCCGGCCCCAACGUUGGCUACGAGGCCGACAGGCUGAAGCACUUGAAGAUCUAG